UUCAAAAAAUAUUUUUUUGUUUAAAUUAAACUAAAGUUUAUAAUCAAAUUUUAAGCAUUCAGAAAAAUGAGUUUCAGUAGAUUGUGUCAUUUGAGGUGUGCUGUGAGAUGUGAUUUGGUGAAAGUUUCCUCAUCAAGCGCAUUCAUUGCGAAACUUGGGGGACCUUGCGCGAAGGAACUAAGCACAAAUAGCACUCAGAGAGGUAGUGUUGCCCAACAUCACUCCAAGCCGGAUUGGAACAGAGCUGUUAGCGAAGCCGAGAAGAUUGUUGGCUAUCCCACAUCCUUCCUGAGCUUAAGGUGGAUCUUGAGCGAUGAGAUUGCGAAUGUUGCGCUUCAUCUACGCAAACUAGUUGGCAGUAAUCAUCCUUUACUGAAAACUGCCAAAAAUCUAAUUUACAAUGGUAAGAAUAAUAUGCAAGCAUGGGGUCUCAUUGUCUUGCUGGUGUCUAAAGCUGCUGGUCACAGUCCAAAGAUACCCGACAUGGAGCAGGAUAAGGCUGCAGGAGUAUUACAUAGUCAGCGUGCCUUAGCCGAAGUCACCGAGAUGAUCCGGACCUCGCAUUUGGUGCACAAAGGUCUUGUCAACAUGAAUGCGAGACAGCGGGCUUCCAUAACUGAAGAACCUGAUGAUAUGAUGUUCGGAAAUAAAAUUGCUCUACUCAGUGGAGAUUAUUUACUGGCCAAUUCUUGUUCAGAACUGGCUAAUUUAAGGAAUCAAGAGUUGGUAGAGCUGAUGUCUUCCGCCGUUCGAGACCUCGCCGAGGCCGAGUUCAUGGGUGAACGCGACGAUCAAAACAAUCCUCUACCCUCGAGACCUUUAUCUAAAGAAGAGAGAGAGGAGCCUACAGAGUGGGACUGCAUCCUGGAGCCGCUGCCGAUGCGCGGCGUGCUGGGCACGGCGGCCCGCGAGUGGGCGGCGCGGCACGUGCUGGCGGCCGGCGCGCUGCUCGGCAAGAGCUGCUCCGCCGCGCUCAAGCUGGCCGGCCACGACGCGCACAUGCAGACGCAGGGCUACCUGUUCGGCUGCCACCUGGCGCUGGCGUGGCAGGCGUACCUGGACCUGGAGGCGUUCAGCGGCCCCGAGCCCAGCUCGUUCUCGCUGGUGGGCGCGCCGCUCGCCUUCACGCUGGACGCGCGCCCGCACCUCUACUCCUACAUCGAGGCGGGCCGCGCCAGCGUGCACCACGUCGACUACCACGCCUUGUACAAAGCGGUGCUGGAGGGCGACGGGCUCGAGCAGACGAAGCGCGUGCAGCACGAGCACAUCGCGCGGGCCCGCGCGCAGCUGCGCAGCCUGCCGCCCGGGGACGCGCGCACCGCGCUCGCCAACAUACUCGUCGCCAUGCACCAGGACCACUACUGAACGCGCACUGCACACCGAGCGGGCCCGCGCGCAGCUGCGCAGCCUGCCGCCCGGGGACGCGCGCACCGCGCUCGCCAACAUACUCGUCGCCAUGCACCAGGACCACUACUGAACGCGCACUGCACGCCCGAGGGUGCCCAUGCGGUUACUGGAGCCCAUGGACAUCCACAACGUAAAUGCGCCAUCCACCUUGAGAUACAAGUUCUAAGGUCUCAGUAUA